AAAAUCUUAAUUGAGAGAUGUUAGAUGUAAUAAUGAAAAUUAACAUAAAUAGAAAAAAGACCAGGGCAAGUUCUAAAAUUUUCUACUUUAAUUGAAGGCUUUAAUUGAUUCAUUUUUGACUCCAAGUCCAGAACCAGAGGAACAACCAAAACAAUAAGUCACAAAAGCAAAAAAACAAAAAAAAAAACAAAAAGAUCCUCUUGCUCCUAAAAUGCCAAAAUCAGCCUUCAUUUUUUACUUUUAGGACAAGAAGGAGAGAUUUUAAUCAUAAUAUCCAAGUCUUUAUUAAAUGUAAAGCUAGAUUUACAAUUUUAAGAGAUCACAAAAUUGAUAGCUAGUGAAUGGAAAGAUUUGCCAAAGGAAAUCCAAUAGGUAUCUCAACUAAAAAAUAAAUAGCAAUAUCAUGUUUAAGCAGAAUAAGAUAGAAAUAGAUACUCUUAAGAGCAGGAGUUAUAUUAAUCACAAACAGGGAAAUAACCAAAUGGGAAGGGUUAAGCAAAAAACAAUAAAUAGAGUGCUAAAAAGGAGAAAAUUAUAAAAACUUUUGAUUUAGAAGAAGACAAUGAUUCUUUUGGUGCAGACAUAGGUCAGGACUGA